UUCCAAAUUUAUUCAUUGGGCGCAUUUUAGGCAGAGGAUUAAAAACCGGUGCGUUUUGAUGGGAAGGACAAAACAGCGCAGAAUCCAGAAUCCUGCUUAAAACGGCGUCGUUGUGUUUCCCAGCGCCCUGUGAAAAUAUCCAAUCCAUCCCUCACUUCCUCCUCCUCGAAUUAGUCAGUUCCCACUUCCUGGUUGAGUAGCGCAUGGAAUUUUGCUGCAUAUCACAUGUUUGAUAAGUUACCUCAAUGGCUUUCUCCUCUUGUCUGAAGUGGUACCCUUGGACUCCCCCACACACUCUAACCCAGCCGCCGCCAACUCUAUCCUCCGCCCACAACUGCAAGCCCUUUUCCAAGCUUAUCUCUUUCACAUCCACACACCACCAUGACCAACAAGCUGUCUCACCUUCUUUCUCUACUCUCUCCCCUUCUCCAACUACACAGCUCCCCCAAAAUUUCACCCCUAAACAACUUCGCGAUGCUCUCCGCCGCCAAUCUGACGAAGAUUCCAUCCUUGACCUUUUAGAUUGGGCAUCCAAGCAGCCCAAUUUUGUGCCCAGUUCAGUGAUAUACGAGGAGGUUCUUCGUAAGCUUGGAAAAGACGGGAGUUUUGGCUCGAUGAGGCGGGUCUUACAGGAGAUGAAGCUCACGGGUUGCGAGAUUCGUAGAGGUACUUUCUUGAUUUUGAUUGAAAGUUACGCCAAGUUUGAGUUGUUUGAUGAAGCUGUUGCUGUUGUUGAUAUCAUGGAAGAAGAAUUUGGAUUGGAACUGGAUGCAUUUACUUAUAAUUUCUUGUUGAAUGUACUUGUUGAUGGAAACAAGCUAAAAUUAGUUGAAAUUGUCAAUUCGAGAAUGGUGAGUAGAGGGAUUAAACCAGAUGUGACGACCUUUAAUAUUUUGAUAAAGGCCCUUUGUAGGGCACAUCAAAUUAGACCAGCAAUUUUGAUGAUGGAGGAGAUGGGUAGUUAUGGUUUGUCACCAGAUGAGAAAACCUUCACGACCUUAAUGCAAGGGUUUAUUGAGGAGGGUAACAUGAAUGGUGCAUUGAGAAUUAGAGAACAAAUGGUGGCGGCAGGAUGCCCGUCUAGCAAUGUGACAGUUAAUGUUUUGGUUCAUGGGUAUUGCAAAGAAGGGAGAAUUGAGGAAGUGUUGUCAUUCAUAGAUGAAAUGUCGAACGAGGGAUUCCGUCCUGAUCGAUUUACAUUCAAUUCUUUGGUGAAUGGUUUGUGCAGGAUUGGACAUGUUAAGCAUGCACUUGAAAUUUUGGAUGUAAUGCUUCAGGAGGGAUUUGAUCCCGAUAUAUUUACAUAUAAUAGUUUGAUCUUUGGACUGUGUAAAUUAGGUGAAGUUGAAGAGGCUGUGGAAAUUCUUAAUCAGAUGAUUUUACGGGAUUUUUCACCUAAUACAGUCACUUAUAACACUCUGAUUAGCACCUUGUGUAAGGAGAACCAAGUUGAAGAAGCCACUGAACUUGCUCGUGUUCUUACAAGCAAGGGAAUUUUACCUGACGUCUGUACUUUCAAUUCUUUGAUACAAGGUCUAUGCUUGACUAAUAACCAUAGAUUGGCAAUGGAACUGUUUGAGGAGAUGAAGACCAAAGGUUGCCAUCCUGAUGAAUUUACUUACAAUAUGUUGAUUGACAGCCUUUGUUCUAGAGGGAGACUAGAGGAAGCUUUGAGCCUACUGAAAGAAAUGGAAUCUAGUGGUUGUUCACGAAAUGUGGUGACUUAUAAUACUUUGAUUGAUGGGUUCUGCAAAAACAAGAGAAUUGAAGAAGCAGAAGAGAUUUUUGAUGAGAUGGAACUCCAAGGUAUUUCAAGAAAUGUGGUGACUUAUAAUACCCUCAUUGAUGGUCUUUGUAAGAACAGGAGAGUGGAGGAGGCUGCUCAGCUCAUGGACCAGAUGCUAAUGGAAGGAUUAAAACCUGACAAGUUCACCUACAAUUCUCUGCUCACAUACUUCUGCAGGGCAGGAGAUAUAAAAAAGGCAGCAGAUAUUGUCCAAACCAUGACUUCAAAUGGUUGUGAACCGGACUCAGUCACCUAUGGUACACUAAUUUUGGGGCUGAGUAAGGCAGGCAGAGUGGAGCUUGCCAGUAGGCUUCUCAGAACUGUCCAGUUAAAAGGAAUGGUUCUAGCGCCGCAGACUUAUAAUCCUGUAAUUAAAGCAUUAUUUAGAGAAAAGAGGACAAGUGAGGCUGUGCGCCUUUUUAGGGAAAUGAUAGAGAAGGGUGAUCCUCCUGAUGCUGUCACAUAUAAAGUUGUCUUCCGUGGGCUUUGUUCUGGAGGAGGACCGAUUGGAGAAGCUGUUGAUUUUCUAGUUGAGAUGACUGACAAAGGAUUCCUUCCAGAUUUCUCUUCCUUCUUAAUGCUUGCUGAAGGGCUUUGUGCUUUAUCCAUGGAAGACACUCUGAUUAAGCUUGUCGAUAGGGUUAUGAAGCAAGCGAAUUUUUCAGACAGUGAGGUCUCCAUGAUAAGGGGUUUCCUUAAAAUCCGUAAGUUUCAAGAUGCAUUGGCCACCCUGGGCCGAAUCUUGAGCAGCCGAGAGCCCAAAAAGGCUUUCUGGUGAAGAUGAAAUUUAAGGACUACUACCUGGUGAACUGCUGGAGAAGAUAAAAUCAUACAUGUUCUGCCUGCUUAAAUGAGAUAAAAUUUAAAAACAAGAAGUGUCUGGUUUCCCCUAUGAUCCGGUUGUUGAUGCAGUGUGGAAGGAAUAAAGAUUUUGAGGAAUUAGCAUAUGUUCAACUGUUCUAUGAGGUGGUUCAAUACCUUGUAGCACUGUUGGUUUUUGGCUGGCCUUGCAGGGAAGAUUCAUGUUCCUGAAUUUCAUCCUUUUAUCUGAAAAGAAAACUCAGGUACUUCUCUUGUACUAUGCCAACAUUUGUUUUAUUUCUGUAUGCAUAGAACAAGCAAAAUGGAAUAUGGCCAUAUGUUCUAGUUCUUAUUCUUGAUGCUUAUGGAAAAAAUCUUUCCUGGUGUGUAAUUAGCAUAGAUCAUUUGGCAAAACUGGUCAGGCGAGCACCUGGGUCAAGUUUAGAUAAAAUGUCGGUAGUUUUUUGCAUC